AUGGAUGGUGGUUCAAUGUGGAGUUCCCUUAUUGAACUUCUAUGUAAUUUACCGUAUCCAGAAGAUAGUUGUCAAAAACUGGUGAAUACAUUAAAAGUUUAUUAUGCCAAUGCAGAAAGUACACUACGAAUAUUGGAUGAAUUCGAACAAUCUUAUAAACCAGACAAAGCUAUCUGGUGGUAUACUCGUCCUAUAUUUCUUUGUGGUAUUCUAAAUAAAGGGAUGCGUCAACAUAAUAUUGAAUUGAUAUUUUUAUUUGGUUUCUUCAUUCAAGAUCUUUAUCGGCAAUUGAAGCAAGAACAUGAAAAAUAUUCAGAAAGUUCAACAAAAGUUUAUCGUGGACAAAUAAUGGAUCAAAUCGAAUAUCUAGACUUUGAUAUUUAUAACACUCAAAACGUCAAUAGUUUUUUUUCAAGUUCCUUUGAUCGUCAAGUAGCAUUAGCUUUUCUUCCUGAACGAAAUCAAAUAUCACCUGGAACUUAUCGUGUUUUAUUUGAAAUUGAAUUUAAGUCUCGACCAAGAACACGUCCUUAUGCAAACAUUUCACAUUUAAGUUUUUUUCCUGAAGAAAAUGAAAUUUUGUUUAUGCCUGGAAUAGGUUUUUGUGGAGAUAUGGACGAAGAAGACUCAUUGAAUGACAAAAAUGAAGAUGUUUCGAUGAUUAAAUUAUAUUUAGACGAUGACUGGGUGAUGAAGGAUGAAAACCAUUAUCAAGGUUCGAAUAAAAAACGAGUUUUAAAAAAUACCAUCAGUAUGUAUACCGGUAAUUUUCGGUCUGCUUCAAAUGAAAACAUAAAUUUAAUAUAUGAUCAAUUAAUCAAAUUAUAUCCAGCGGAAAAACAAUGGAUUUUAGCAUGUAAAUUCGAUUGUCUUGCACUGAAAAACUCUGGUGAUGCAGAAGAAAAUUAUGAACAAUCAUUGACUAAUUGGUACAAAUGUUUGGAUAAUAAUGAUGAAUUAAAUUGUCAUAUAAAUAUCGGAGAACUUCACCAUCAAAUGGGUAUACACUAUCAAUUACGACGGUCCGACUAUUUUUCUAAUGAAUUGUUACGUGAAUAUCAUUUCGAUUUAGCUAAAGAAUAUUAUGAUUUAGCUAUUAGAUCAUUUCAGUCGGUCCUUGAAAAACGUGAUCUGACCGAUUGUGAACAAUUCAAUGUUAUUGACCACUUAUGUGAUAUAUAUCGAUUAAAAGUGAGAAUCAGCGAAGAAGAAAAUAAUCAAAGUGACCUGACACAAAAUCUUCUAUUAGCCUUAAAAUAUAGAGAAAAAGAAGUCGAAGGUCUGAAGAAACUUUAUUCAUAUGAUGAAGCAAGUAUUGCUUCUUCUCUGAAGGACUUGGGUGAUCUGUAUUAUAAAAUGUCAGACUAUGACAAAGCAAUAAUUCAUUAUGAUGACGCGUUAGAAACAUCUCUUCGAUUGCCAGAUGAAUUCUUAAAUCUUGGAGAUGAUAUUAUUUCCGUGUCUGAAAAAUUAAUUGAUAUUUGUAUUCAUCAAAAAAAUAAUAAUGAUUUAGCAUUUUUUUAUGAACUAAUAAAACACGAACAGAUAUUAAAAGACAACGAAAUUGGACCAUACACUACUGAUUCUGCACAAGACACGCGUAGAACAAAAAUUAUUUCAAGUCACAUCGAAUUAGCUGACAUAUACAUCAGACUCUGCGAAUACCAUUCAGCUUCUAAGCAUCUCAGAGAGGCAAUAGACUUAUAUGAAGAUAUGACAACAUCAACUUACAAAGAUCAAGUAAAUAUUUCAAUGAUGGAAGACAAAAUGAGGACUGUACAAACGAUCUUAGCAACGUCAAAUGUCCCAAGCGACAACAUCUUAGGGUGA